AUGUCGGGUCCAAGGGUGGCUGCUGAAGCAACUGGGGAUACCUCAGCUGGCUCACGCUUCCAUGCCUCAGCUGGAUCGACAGCCGGCUCGUCAGGCUUCCGCGCCUCAGCCGGCUCUACAGGUUCCCGCGCCUCAGCCGGCUCUACAGGUUCCCGCGCCUCAGCCGGCUCUACAGGUUCACGCGCCUCAGCCGGCUUUACAGGUUCCCGCGCCUCAGCCGCCUCGUCAGGCUUCCGCGCCUCAGCCGGCUCUGCAGGUUCCCGCGCCUCAGCCGGCUCUACAGGUUACCGCGCCUCAGCCGGCUCUACAGGUUCCCGCGCCUCAGCCGGCUCUACAGGUUCCCGCGCCUCAGCUGGCUCUACAGGUUCCCGCACCUCAGCAGAAGCGACCGGCCCGCUCCUGGUCCUUUGGACGUCCCUCUGGUUGGCAUCCUGCGGCUUGAGCCGUGUAUCAGGGAUGUGGUGUUAUUGA